UAGGGCAGAUGAUCAAAUGUUGGCACGUAGAAAAGAGAGGAAAGAAGGGUCUGUGUGAGUCAGGUCCUUAACAGCUGAGGCACCGCCAUCCAGCGGGGAUCCACGAAAAGAGGCAAUGUACACAAAGACCAGAAUUGGAGGUGUGAGGUGGAUACAGGAUCACAAAGUUACAGAGGACUGCACAGGAUAUUAUAGCUCGCUGUGCGUUUGCGUGAUAGUUAUCACUGUGUCAACUUUUCAACUCACAUUUCUGGCCGCCGUAAGUACGAUAACUUUUGCGCACGGUGAGAAGUUAUUACCGCCUGUGUUUCAAAAUAAAGAAACUAAAACUCAGUGGGAAAUAGGACCCUGAGCGGUGACCAUCCCUGAAUCCAGAUUUUUUAAGGUUCCUCCUGUCGGAACGUCAGCAAAGUCAAAUACUGUAGUUGUGGAGUUUUGUGUCCUUCUUUAUUUCUGUCACCCUGCACUGCCAUCUAUUGGCCAUCAGCUACAAUCAGUUCAUUUCUCUCUGUGUGUGUCUGUGUGUGUGUGCGCUGUUCACCCCCGCUGCGUAUUUGCCUGCUGUUUGGGAAAUGGCUAGAAUGACAAACAACCACGCUGAGUACAGUAAAUACUGACGCUCCUACAAAUGGUUUGUUAGCGCUGAUUUAUCACCCUCUUAAAAAAUAUGGACUGGAUCGGCCUUGGUGGAAUGAAUAGAAAUUACAGCGUUCAGAGAAAAAAAAUAAUCGGAGGAAGAGCGCUGUCCGAAACUCGCAAAAGACUCGGGUGCAUUUUCCAGACAUACUACGUGCUACUCGAUUUUGUGUUUCAUUUCACUGAAUGGCCAUUUGAAACUGAAGAUUUCGUUUUUCCGACCUCCCCUGCCAACUAAUAGCUUGGAUUAACCUGACUGUUGACAGCACGGUAAUAAUGGUCCCAAGGCAAUGGAUAAAUGGAAAGGGAAAGUCGACAAGGAGAGAGGACCCACAGCGAAAGUCCUUCCGCAUUCCCCGGGGCUCGAAUGGAUUCGAGGUUGACACCGCGGUGAAUUUCUCCAGACGGCCACGCUUCCCGGCUUCCACAUCCGACUUUCCUCUUUAAGGCAAAAAGCCAAGAGACGGACGAGUUCGCUCCAGCCAUAUUCUACAGUCGGUGACUGCGAGGCAUCUUGUAACAUAGUCGGGCUGGCGGAGGAGUGGUGCUGCUGCUGCUUUUGGACUGUGGUGGGGGAGUGUGGGCUGCAGCGGUGGUAAACCAGAGGAUGUGCUUCUGUGAGCAAGGGGCUGGGGACCGGGCGGAGGGGCUGCUGCCGACCCGGCUUGUCUUGUUCACUGUCUGCUAAAGUUGGUGGAAGUGCAAGUGGGGGAGAAGUGGAGCGUCCGUCCGUCCGUUCGGCGGGCGGUCGCGCAGCGAACGUCGUGAGCAGGAGCUCGUCCACAAAAUCUCUCUAUCUCGAGUGCGACCGCGAUUACCCCUAAACAACAGCCACUUGGAAGGAUUACUAAUCACCUUCCAAAAGCGCCAGUUCCACUCGGAUCGCGGCCGGAAACGGACCCCCACCCUCCGAACCCCUGCAAUGUUGUGAGAUUUCAGGAGACGAGCUGGGUGAGCAGCCGCGGCUGGGAGUGAGCACCGGGAGCCCCGCCGAGAUGUCCGUGUGGCUAACGCGGGCCGUCGCCUUGGCUUCGUUGGUGGGCGGCUGGUGGUGGCGGCUGGAGGCGGUGGCCGGCGGAGCCGCCCCCGAGAGCUACGGCGAGGCGUGCGAGAGCCUGUGCUCCUGCCAGGAGAAGGACGGCGUGUUGGUGCUGGGCUGCGAGGACAGCCGGAUCGUCAGCGUGCUGCAGCUCAGCCCGCCCCGCUGGCCCGUCUACCACCUGUUCCUGAGCGGCAACCUGCUGAGCCGCCUGCAGACCGACGAGUUCCUCAACUUCAGCGGCGCCGCCGUGCUCCACCUGGGCGGCAACCGGAUCGAGGAGAUCGAGGCAGGCGCCUUCCGCGGCUUGCACGCCACCCGGCGCCUGCACCUCAACAACAACCGGCUGGAGGGCCUGCGGAGGGACGCCUUCGCCGGCCUGGAGCGCCUCGAGUACCUGCAGCUGGACUACAACUACCUCCGGCGGCUGGAGGGCGACACCCUGGACCGGCUGCCCCGCCUGCAGGUGCUCAUCCUCAACGACAACCUGCUGGCCGGCCUGCCCGCCGACCUCUUCCGCCACGUCCCCCUCACCCACCUGGACCUGAGGGGCAACCGGCUCCGGUCGCUGCCUCACGCCGGCCUCCUGGAGCACCUGGGCGGCCUGGCCGAGCUGCAGCUGGAGGACAACCCCUGGGAGUGCGGCUGCCCGCUGCUGGCGCUCAAGGCCUGGCUGGAGAGCAUCUCGUACACGGCGCUGGUCGGCGAGGUGGUCUGCGAGACCCCGUUCCGCCUGCACGGCCGCGACCUGGGCGAGGUCUCCCGCCAGGAGCUGUGCCCGCGCCGCGCCCCGGCCCCCGUCCCCGCCGCUGCCGCCGCCGCCGCCGGGGUGGGCCUGGACUCGGACUGGAGGCCGCCUCCGCCUGCCCUGAGCACCCGGGGGUACUUCCACAGCAGCAGCAGCAGCAGCCCGGUCCCCCCGCCCGCGGCCACAGCCCAGCACCACCACCCCACCCCCGUCACCUCGUCCCCCUCCAGGUCCCAGGCCAAAGGCACCCGCCUGCCCAAGGCGCCCUCGUCCCGGGUUAGGGUGACCACCUCCCGCAGCCCGUCCCUCAAGGUGGACGGGGACGGGGACGGGGGGGAGGAGGGGCAGGGCUACCCUUACGGCCCCAUCUUCGCCUACCAGACCAAGCCGCCGGUGCCCCUGGUGUGCCCCCGGCAGUGCAGCUGCCAGCUGCAGAUCUCCGAGCUCGGCCUCAACGUGAACUGCCAGGAGCGGCGGAUCGAGCGGCUCUCCGAGCUGCAGCCCAGGCCCUACAACCCCCGCAAGCUGUACCUGAGCGGCAACCGGCUGGCGGCGGUGCGCCGCGGCGACUUCGACGAGGCGGCCGGCCUCGAGCUGCUGCACCUGGGCCACAACCGGAUCGCGGCGGUGCAGGACGGCGCGUUCGCCAACCUGACCCAGCUGCGGCGCCUCUACCUGAACGGCAACUGCCUGGAGGCGCUGGGCGCGGGCACCUUCCGCGGGCUGCGCAGCCUGCGCUACCUCUACCUGGAGUACAACGCGCUGCGGCGGCUCGGGCCCGGCACCCUGUCCCCGGCGCCCGGCCUGCAGCUGCUCUUCCUGCACCACAACCUGCUGAGGGCCCUGCCGCCCCGCCUGUUCGCCGGGCUCAACCUGACCCGGCUCAGCCUGCGGGGCAACCGCUUCGCCUCGCUGCCGGUGGCCGGCCUCCUGGAGCAGCUCGCCUCCCUGAUCCAGAUCGAGCUGGACGAGAACCCCUGGGAGUGCGGCUGCCCGCUGCUGGGCAUGAAGCGCUGGCUGGAGCGCCUGGGCCCCGGCGCCCUGGUGCGCCGCCUCGCCUGCCACUCCCCCAAGCACUUGGCCGGCCACGACCUGGCCUCGCUGCGCGCCGACCUCAUCUGCCCGGACCACUCGGACGAGGUGGCGCUCUCGACGCCGUCGCUGCCGCAGCCCGCCCCGCCGGGGGCGGCCGCUCGGCCCCUCGCCACGGCCGGCGCGGCCACCCCGUUCCCGGCGGACGGGGGCUCGGUGGUGCCCCUGUCGGUGCUCAUCCUCAGCCUGCUGCUGGUCUUCCUGGCGUCGGUGUUCGUGGCGGCCGGCCUCUUCGUGGUGGUGAUGAAGCGGCGCAAGCGGGCGCAGAGCGAGCGCACCAGCACCAACAACUCGGACGUGAGCUCCUUCAACCUGCAGUACAGCGUCUACAGCCACGGCCCGGCGCCCAAAGCCAAGAGCCCCGCCGGGCACGUCUACGAGUACAUACCCCACCCUCUGGGCCACAUGUGCAAGAACCCCAUCUACAGGUCCCGCGAGGGCAACUCGGUGGACGAUUACAGGGACCUACACGAGCUCAAGGUCACCUACCGAAACCCGGUGGAGGACGAGCGAGAGAACCAGUUGAGGAGCCCCUCGUACAGCAUCAGCACCAUCGAGCCCCACGAGCAGGUCUCCCCAGUUCAAGACAUGGACCAUUUCUACCGUGGCAUCUUAGAGCCGGGCAAACAAUCGCCCACUGGCAACAGUGUUGAAUAUAAAUUUAGUAGCCCACCAAACUAUAAUUACUCACCGAACUAUGAAGUUAGACGCCAGUAUUUGCAUCCGGAGAGGAUGAGGGAGACGGUGCUCUACGGGGCACCCAGUAAUGUAUAUGCCGAGCAAAUUAGAAAUGAUUACCUGGAACUGAAAGCAAAGCUUCACAUCGAGCCGGACUACCUCGAAGUUCUCGAAAAACAGACAACGUGCAGUCAGUUCUAAGCCACAGAGUUGUUUAUAUACAGUAUUUAUUUCUAAUUAUCUGAAAUUCGGUUUUAUUUUUAUUGUUUCCUUUUCAUUUCACAUACUUGUUUGAGGAGAAAGUGUCUUGGCCACCAGAUAAUCACCUUGAAAGGAGAUUUCAGCCAGGGGUGUGCACCGCAACUCACGGCACCAUUGAAACACUGGAGUUUGCUAGGAUCAGAGGACCCUAAACUGAAGAUUUUCCUCGUGAUAUACUGACAAUAGGCAUAAGUAAACGUAUUGGGUUUCAUUGCCCCAGACGGGAACCUUACAGUCUUUCUUACAUUAACUUGCCCAUCUGGAAGCAGUUUUUAAAAAAAAAAAUUACUUAACUAAAUUAGCAUCACAUUGUGUUAGUAAAUUGCAGUUUCUUCAUGUGUACAACAAGCCAGGUAUUUUAGUUACAAAGUAGACCGAUACAAUACUUUAUAGUCACAUACACAAAAAAAUCACCUGGUAGUUACCUCUCCAACCAAAAUAUUUUGCUUAUUCCUAGAUGACAUCAGAAAUAUCGCAUGUUGUACAAAAAUGCUCCAGUUCAUUUUUGCAGUUUUGCAACAUGACUCAACAUACCUGAUGAGUGGAUCAAAGUGUGUCAUAGGUGAUGUCAGUGCACAAUUUGGAUUUGGUUCUAGCUUCAGCUGUCUUUAUAAUUAGUCAAAAUGGUCCUUCAUUGAACUUCACGAGGCUAGCACAUCCCUAAUUUUAGUAUGAAGCUCUUAUUCUUAAAGUGGAUGUCUUUGUAUGCAUUCUGCACUUUUAAAUUAGAAAGAAACCUGAGGUCUUUAAUAUUCAUCUCAGAAUUGCACAAUUGAGUGUGUGCACUGGGGCCACGCAGGGCUAUCUGUUGGAUUGUACAAAUCUGUAUGUAAUGUCUGUACCCUUGUAAAAAAAACUGAACGGGGUAGUUAUAUUACACCACCAGGUGUUAAAACUGGCUAUUGGUGUGACUUUUUUAAAGACCAUAUAUAGUUUUAACAAAAAUUAAAUUAUAACAGGCAGUUGAACUUCAAAACAAUGGCAGAUUGCUUUGCAUUGGCUACACAUUAAAGCCAAAUAAAGAGAGAUGACAGUGCAGUGAGAAUCUCUUGUCAGGAAGCAGCAUUUUAAUUGGAUUUACUGUUGUCAUUUUAAAUAUUUGUUGACAUGGAAUUGUAUUUAUUUGUCAAACUGGAUUUUCAAUAUGAGCCAGCAGCAAGCUUAGUAAUCUUAAGUUAAGGGUUAAAGUGAUCUGUUGAUGAAGGAAUUCUAGUUAAAGAAGCAUCCAGAGGUAGACCUGGAAAUUUGACUCUACAAGACUGCAUUAGCAUCCCCAGUAGAGGUCUCCACAGCAAUCAUCAGCAGUAUUUUAAAUCCAAACCCUUAAAUUGUUAAAUAUGAUAUUUGUACCACAUCCUCUAAUACUAUAAUUAACAUAUAUACAUGAGAAGGUCAAUAUUAAAUUAGUAAUUUUUUUCACAUUAAUUGGUUCCUAAAUAAAGUCAUGUUUUCACAUGUCAAGGGAUUUAUAAGUGUUCAAAUGGCCAGGCCUUCUUCCCUACACAGUAUUCAUUUAAAUAAUUUGUAAACUCCAAAAAGGUUUUUUAAAUACUGCUGUAAAGUGUUUUUUUUUUACCAGCAUUUAUCAUUAUUUUCACACAAACAUAUCAGUAAGACGAUUUAGUUCAUUAGGUAAUGUGAAGGAAACCAUCCAGACAUGAUUUUCUACUGUAGGUCUUUAUUGUGGAACAUUGUAGAUUUAUUUUAUGAUGCAAUACUUUUCUGUGGUACUGCAAACAUAAUUCAGAUCUAAUUGUCACAGAACAAAAAUUGAUGCAUUGCCCUCUGAAACCUGUUAAGUAAUUUAAUUUAAUUACAUUGGAUUUUCUGGAAGUUUUGAUGUAAAAUACAAAUUGGUACUAUCAAAAGUUAUACUGAUUUCCCAAAGGAUUUUAACUUGUGGACAUAUUUUCAUUAUUAUAGCAAAUUAGAAAGCACCAUCUUUACUAUUUUCACCUGAUUACAUUAUACUGAAGACUCAGUAAACCCUUUUCACUCUUGCUUCUUGUAAUAUGUAACCAUCAUGGCCAGUAUUAAGAUGGGGCUGGUUCUAGUUUUGUGGAAUUUAACAGUGCAUUAUAAGUAUAGUGGGAAUAUACUGUUACUUAUCAUGAAUGUACCCAUUUUCAUUUUGUUUUUUUCUCAUAGUGCAUACAUGUUAAGGUAGGCAGGCAUAUCUGGGAAAAGACAGUUGGAGUGUAGAUUAUCAGAUGCAUUCUAUCUUCUUUGCUUGGCCCAAGUGUAAUGCAGCAGCAUACCAAUAAAGGAAAUCCAGUCUUUCUCCUUUCCUUGCUGAAGAUGUUGCCACUGUAUGCCACAUGCACUAAGUUUAUUUCAUACACCGCUGUCUAAUUUUCUCCAUUGCUGAUUUAAACUGCAUGGUACAACAAAAUACAUCCUGACUGACUGGGUUAUUGAGAUUAGUUUAUCACCAUGCAAAUUUGUUAAAAGGGAAAAGAUUUUGGACAAUCUUCAUUAUUUAAUUCAAUGCAGCUUGAGAUAGUUAUGCCAGUGCCAUUCAUUGAAGUGUUCAUGCAUAAACCAAAUAUGUAUAUAACUCAGAUUGAGUUAGCUGUUGAAUUAUUGUUCCCAGAAAAAAAGAAACAAUGCUUAACUCUUUGAAUUCCAAGUCAAAUCCAAUCUCAUAUCUAUCUAGUUUUUAUGAGCGAAGUAAUUAUUUGUAUUCUUCAUAAAUACGUUAAAAAUAAUCCAUUUAAAGUACAAUGGCCAAAUCUUGCUGGAAUAGGGCAUCAUUAUUGUUUAGAUGCUUUUUUUUUCACUUGAGAGUUAAAACGCUUUUUUUGCGUUGGAGCUUGUUGCCAGUAAAAGCUGAUAACAAUGGGUGACAGCAUCAGGAUAGCUGGGACCUGGGUGAGUAAUAGGACCAUCGUUAAAACUCACUAAUAAAGCAGGUUUAAGGCUUGAGAGAGAAGAACAGGAAAAAUAGAAAAUAAGGAUAAAUUAGAAACAAAUCAGGUUUGGAAAUUGAAAAGAUAAGAAAGCAAGAUUGGAUUGGAAAAAAAGAAAGUGUGCAGGUAUUUACAUUUAAAAUGUGCAAAAUAUUUGCUAACUUUAUUACAUGCAGUAAAGAGGCUCAGCAGUUUAAAUUAUUGCAGUUCUGAACCAUAUUAAUCGGCACUGCAUUAUUAGUUUUAUUUGAUUAAAAUAUUUGUAUUGUAUGCUGUUAAUUUUAAGCCCUAAUGUUUUCCUAAGUAUUGUGCAAACUUAACGCAUUAUUAAAAUUAAUGGAAGGAUAAAAAAGAGAUGCCUUUUAUGGGAAGAAAGUGCAGAGUGGCAAAAAUCAAGUAACUAAUUCUGGAGAUUCACAAUUCAUGAACUAUCUCUUCAUGUCUUGAUUGUCCUGCCAAAUUUGUCUAUUAAUAAUGGUAUGUCUAAGAAAGAUUUUUACUUUUUCAGCAAGGUAUGGCCACUUCAAGGUAAUAAAACUGUGACUACUUGGAUGGUUAAAAUCAUCAUAAUUUCUAUUUAUUAAGUGAUGGUUUGGGAAGUUUAUUGUUUGAACUCAUAUAUAAUUUCAGAAAAUCUAAGUUGCAGUGACGUAUUUUUGAGCAAUGAUUGAUCAAAUUAUUGCAUAAGAUUAAAUAACAUCUAUUACAACUUACCAAAUUACAUCAAGUAAAUGUUCAAAGAAAUGCAUUAUGUUCAUUUAGUUAUAAUUGAUAAAGUAGCACGCCUCCUAUCUACAAACCUUACCAAUCCAAAUUAUUUCAACAACAAAGUCCCUGGAAUAUUAAACUGUAAUUUACAAAUAUAGAAACAGACAAGCAUUCAAAUUGUCUUCCUACAAAAAUUUUAAAUUUGAUAAUUAUUUUUAAACCACUGACUGAUAAGAUUUAAAAUCCUUGGUAGAUUUUUUUUUGUCUGGGAUACUGAAGUUUUGUGUAGUGAAUUUUUACACAAGUGUGAAUGAAGUAAAAAACAAAAUGGUGCUCAACAGUACAAUCUGACACUUUCUCAUUAGGAUGAAAGAAUACUUAUAUUGAUUUAUGCAGUAUUUAUUUAUUUUAUCUUUUCAUCAACAGAAAAUUUAGAUGAAAUCUUAAUUUUUAAUGCAAUCGGAGUGUGACUAAAACUUUGAAUAUGUGACCCAAAAUGUGAGAAUCAUGCUCAAAAUACAUAAUAUAUGGAGUACAGAGAAAUGGAUCUUGUUAGAUGUUCAUCUCAAUACUAUUUCACAUGAAUCCAGGUAAACAUUAUCAUCCAUUUAUGCUGGUUAUUAGCCACUUCAGAGAAGGCACCUUAAAAUAGCAUUGAAGAAAUAAGUCAGUUGUAAAGUUAAUAGCUGAAGGUGUAAAUUAAACAUGCUGCACAAAAGAUGGAAUGAACACCUCUGAUUUUGAGGUGUUCUCUGAUAGAGUAUUACUUUUUUUUACAUUGUACAUCCCUAUAAAUAAUGUUUCACUAAAAAUGAAUUGUUUGUUUAAAUUUGAAAGGCUCUCAAUGCACUACAAUUACUAUUGAUUCCCAUAAGAUUCAGUUUUGUGACAUCACCUGAAUUUCUGCUGGUCCCUGCAGAAACUGGUUUGCUGUGUCAGUGUUCAAGUAUCAUAUACUGCAACACAAAGUCACAAGGUAUUAACAAUAAAUUCAUAAGCAGAUCCGUACUACAGUAUUGCUACAAAAGUUGUUGAUGGAUAAUUACAAACAGAAUAGGAAGAAGGUAAUUAAGAUUUGUUUUAAAUAAAUAAUUUAUUUUGUGCUCAGGAGGAGUAAAACAAUCUUUUAUUGUUUUAUUGUAUUGUAUUGAAUAUAAUAACUAUAGUUUUAUCUUUGAAAAGUUAAAAUUAUUGAGUGAAUUAUGGCAACAAAGCAACUCAAGCGAACCUGUGCUCAGGACUGAUUUGUAGAAUAGUUGACUGUUUCCGUGACAUGCUUAUGAUUUGUUGUGUCUUAUUUUAAAAAGAAUAUAUAUUAUAUUAGUCUGCUACAUUUUUAUGAUUAAAGAGAAAACCUGACAUUAAUUUACAGCAAA